UAAAAUCUUCCUUUGUCUGAAAAGAAGGUUUUAAAAAAAUCCGCAUCCGUCAGUGGUAGCAAAAAAGACGUUUGGUGGUAAGGGUGUUCGCAACUGCUUUUAGUUGGGGAUCUCUUCCUGACCUUACAAAAACGACAGCUGACUAKUCACAGACACGAAAAAAUAUAUCGGGAAUCACCACACAAUAUCUAAUAAGAUCAUUUGUAAACAGGAAAAAUGCAGUCCUCUAAAACUUUCCUCUCAUCGGCAUCCAAGGCAGCCGYUCGGUAAGAUAAACAGUUAAACAAAAAAUCAUUAUUUUGACAGCAUGAAAUGGUAUUUCUAACGACCAGGUCUUUUAAAUUCCUCUGACAAAAAACGACAAACCGAACGUCGCAAAACUUGAACAAAACAGUGCCUACCACUCAUCUACCAAGGUUGAGGCCCGUAAAUUUUUUGUUGGAGGUAACUGGAAAUGUAACGGUACUGUAUCGCAAACGAAAGAACUUGUUUCUAUGCUGAACCAAUCUACUUUGUCGACCGAUACCGAAGUAGUUGUGUGUCCGUCGCAAGUUCACAUCCAAGGUGUCAAGGAAAACUUGCGCGGAGAUGUUUCUGUUGGUGCCCAAGAUGUAUGGACUAAGGGAAACGGUGCCUUCACCGGUGAAACUAGCGCCGAAAUGCUGAGCGAUAUGGGGGUCGAAUGGACUCUUGUCGGUCACUCUGAACGUCGUGAAAAGGGUGAGUCCAACGAAGAGGUCGCUGCCAAGGCCAAAUAUGCCCUUGACAAAGGUAUUAAGGUUCUCGCAUGCUGUGGAGAGCCGUUGGAAAAUCGCGAAGCCGGAACCACCAACGACUUCGUUUUCCCUCAAAUCAAGGCCUACGCCGAUGUCUUCACAAAGGAAGACUGGGAAAAUGUAGUUAUCGCUUACGAACCCAUCUGGGCUAUCGGAACCGGUCUCACUGCCACUCCUGAACAAGCCCAGGACACACACGCCGCAAUCCGCCAAUACUUGGCCGAAAUUGCCGGAGCCGAUGUUGCUGCUGCCUGUCGUAUCCUUUACGGCGGAUCUGCCAAUGCCGCCACUGCCCCAGGACUUUCUGCGAAGGAAGAUAUCGAUGGAUUCCUGGUCGGAGGAGCGUCCCUCAAACCUGAAUUUGCUGAUAUUGUGAACUGCCAAGGAUCUGAAAAUAGUUUGAAGCCUGUGAACAUUGGUAUCAACGGUUUCGGACGUAUCGGACGGUAAGAUCAAUCUGCUGCAUGAUGUCAAUCGGCGAAGUGUAACUUCUCAGGACUUUCUAACUCUUCAUCACACAACUCUGACUGACAAUUUUCUUUCUUUUCAAAUUCAAUUUUAGUCUCGUUAUGCGCGCUGCCCAAGAUGAUCCUAUGGUCAACAUUGUCGGUAUCAAUGAUCCUUUCAUCGGAACCGAAUACAUGGAGUACAUGUUCAAGCACGAUACCGCACACGGAACUUACUCUGGAUCCGUAAACCGCAUCGAUGACAACCACAUUGAAAUCGAUGGAAAGACCAUCCGUGUUUUCGAAGAAAUGGACCCAUCCAAGAUUGCCUGGGGUGAUGCCGGUGUUGACUACGUUGUCGAAUCCACUGGAGCUUUCACCUCCACUGAAGCUGCUUCUKCCCACAUGGCUGGAGGUGCCAAGAAGGUUGUUAUCUCUGCUCCUUCUGGAGAUGCUCCCAUGUUUGUUAUGGGAGUUAACCAGGAAAAGUAUGAGUCCAGCAUGGAUGUUGUUUCCAAUGCCUCGUGCACAACCAACUGUUUGGCYCCCCUUGCCAAGGUCAUCAAUGAUGAGUUUGGAUUGAAGGAAGGUCUUAUGACCACUGUGCACGCUGUCACUGCUACCCAGCAAACUGUUGAUGGACCUUCCAAGAAGGACUGGCGAGGAGGACGUGCUGCUUGCUACAAUAUUAUUCCUUCUUCCACUGGAGCUGCCAAGGCUGUWGGAAAGGUCAUCCCUGAAUUGAAUGGAAAGCUCACUGGUAUGUCUUUCCGUGUCCCAACAGUCAAYGUGUCUGUUGUUGACUUGACUGCACGAUUGGACAAGGGAGCCUCCUAYGAAACUGUCUGUGCUGCUAUCAAGGAUGCCUCUGAGGGCAAGAUGAAGGGAAUUUUGGGUUACCAAGACACUGAUAUUGUAUCGUCUGACUUCAUGUCCAGCCCAUACUCUUCUAUCUUUGACCAAAAGGCUGGAAUUGCCUUGACUGAUGACUUUGUUAAGGUUGUCUCAUGGUACGACAAUGAAUGUGGAUACUCCAACCGUGUUCUUGAUUUGAUCAAGCACAUGGAUGUCACAAAAUAAACUCAACUUGUUUGGAGGAGAAAAAGAUUGUAAAGUCGCACACAGAAGAUAAUAUAAUAAUUCAUUUUUGAUUUKAGAUUGUUUCUGUACUACAKCAAGCAACGAGUAACCAMAAAUUCUGAUGAUAACCGAGGUUGUUGAGAAACGACGACCGCAAAUGAAUUGUGGCAUGGUCCUUGUCAGAAAUGUAUUGAGGGAAGUCACAAGAAUGCACAAGCGUCUCCGAGAAUGUUUCUCCGUUUGAAUACAGUCUCACAGCUAAAUGACUCAAGUCGGCAAGAACAAAUAGCUGUGAUCAGU